AUAUACGCCUUGCUAGUGGAGACGGCGGCUACAAAGCUAAUGCUUAACAAAAUACACCCGCCUUUACCUCGCCUACUAAUAGACCAAAAUAUAUAUAUUUUUGGAAACAUCGGAGAACAUAAUGUCGUCAUUACUACCUUACCAACUAGCGUAUACGGAACUACAUCAGCCGCAACGUUACUCUCUAGUUUCCACGCUAUCCGCUUCGGCUUAAUAGUCAGUAUUGGCGGCGGAGUACCUAGCAGCUAUGUAGAUAUUCGACUCGGGGAUAUUGUAGUGAGCCAGCCGACGGAGACUUCUAGGGGCGUGAUCUAG